AUGUCUUCCUGUUCGGCUCCCGUGCCCCGCCAGGCUUUCAAGCUCAGACCGGCCCAUCCCCUCCCCCGCUCUUCCGCGAGAGCGGCCCAGACCCUCCAUUCCCGACGGCGCCGCAGGGGAUUAGCUUCCGGCGGCGGCGCCGCCGGUCAUGCCUCCCAAUGGCAGCGGGAGCUCCGACGAUCCGUCGACGGCGAGCGGCUCUCCCCCCUCCUCAACAGCAGCAGCAGCAGAGGAGAAGCCCUCAAGUCCAGGGUCAUCUCCCUCCCCAUUCUCUGCUCCGAGGUUCCUCCCAGUUACUCCAUGGGGGCUGAAGAAAUUCCGGUGAGAACAGCGGCCCUGUACGCCUCUCUGAUUGGGUCCCUCGUGCGGGCGCAGCAAUGGCGAGAUGCCCUUUCGGCGUUUGCUUCCAUGGUGGGCGAAGACCUGAAACCCGACAGAUUCCUUCUCCCCAAGAUCUUGAAGGCCUGCUCCGAGCUCGAGAGAUUGAACAGCGGCGCCGCCGUUCACGGGUACAUGCUGAAGCGAUGGCAGGAAUUGCAGGUGGACGCAUUCGUGGGGAACUCUAUGAUCGACAUGUAUGGAAAGUGUGGAGAUCUCGCCUCUGCCCGGAAGAUGUUCGACGAAAUGCCGCACAGGGACGUCGUCUCCUGGACAGCGCUGCUGAUGGCCUACACAGCAGCAGGCCAGCUCGAGGACGCCGCAGAAGUCUUCUCUGCCAUGAGAGCAGAGGGCGUGAAGCCGGAUUUGAUCUCCUGGAACGCUCUGAUUUCAGGCUUCGCGAGGAAGGGGGAGACCAGCGCCGCUCUGGGCCUGCUCGAGGCCAUGAGAGAGGACGGAGUGGAGCCCUGCACCAACUCCUGGAACGGGGUCCUUUCAGGCUUCGCACAGAGCGGCUGCUUUGAGGACGCCAUUGAUGUGUUCAUGGGCCUGCGAUCCCACGGCGGCGCCGCCAACCCCGUCACCAUUGCUGCCGUCCUCCCCGCCUGCUCCGGCCUAAGACUGCCCGGCCUCGGCCGUGCCCUCCACGCCUUCGCCAUCAAGAACGGCUUCUCCGGCAAUGUCUUCAUCGACGGUGCCGUGAUCGACAUGUACAUGAAGUGUGGCGAUUGGAAGGACGCAGAGCAGGUGUUCUCGUCCAUGGAGAAGAAGACGGCGGCGGUGUGGAAUGAGAUGGUCGCCGGGUGGGCCAACCAGGGUGAGCUUGAGAAAGCUAUGGAGUUCCUGAAGGCAAUGGCGGAGGAUGGAUUGAAGCCCGAUGUGAUCACAUACAACACUGUUCUUGCCGCCUAUGCCAGAAAUGGUAAGAAAGAUGAGGCCUUCAGGCUGGUCUCGGAGAUGGGGAAGAUGAAUUUGAAGCCUAACAUUGUGUCCAUCAAUGCCCUCAUCGCCGGCUUUCAGCAGCGUGGAUUGAGCAAAGAGGCGCUGGGAUUGCUCCGAGUUCUUCAGCGCCGGGGAGAGCCCCACUCGAGGAAUUCAUCCGCCAUUGAGGAUUUCCCUUCUGAGAUGUUGGGUUCUUCCAUAAAGCUCAAUGCCGUCACUGUCACCUCUGUUCUUGCGGCGUGCUCGGAUUUGAAAGUGCAGCAUCAUGGGAUGGAAGUCCACGGGUUCAUACUGAGGAACAGCCUCGAAUCGAAUGUAUUUGUCUCAGCUGCUCUGAUCGACAUGUAUGCCAAGUGUGAGAACAUGGCCAAUGCAGUAAAAGUGUUCUGUGGAGCUAGAGAGCGAAACACGGUCACCUGGAACACCAUGAUGGCCGGGUACAACUCCAGUGGGGAGCCAGCGAACGCCCUGAAGCUAUUUCCACAGAUGCUUCGUAAAGGCCAUGCGCCGAGCUCCGUCACACUCCUGAUCCUUCUCCGGGCCUGCAGCACCAUGGCGGCGCUCACCCUGGGAAGAGCAUUGCAUGGGCAUGCCGUAAAGGGUAUGCUCCACGAUCCUUCCUUUUUCGGUAUUGACAGCACCUUGAUAGACAUGUAUGCCAAAUGUGGAAGCAUCCAGGAGGCAAGACUGGUAUUUGAUUCUACAAGCGAAAAGGAUUUGGCCGCAUGGAACACGAUGAUCUCAGGGUAUUCUCUGCAUGGGAUGGCCGAAGAUUCAAUAGCCCUGUUUAAGGAGAUGUAUCAGUCAGGGAUGAGCCCUGAUCGAUUCACAUUCACUUCGAUCCUCUCGGCCUGUCGGCAGGAGGGUUUCAUGGAGGUGGGGUGGAAGUACUUCAAUUCGAUGGAGGAAAUCUACGGCGUGAAGCCAGAGUUGGAGCACUUCACUUGCAUGGUGGGCAUCAUGGGUGGAGCCGGGCUACUGGAGGAAGCGCUGAAUUUCAUACGAAGGAUGCCGUUCGAACCCGACGCCUGCAUCUGGGCCGCCCUCCUUCGCGCCUGCCGGGCACAUUCCGACCAUGAAAUCGGGCAGGAAGCCGCCGCAGCCCUCUUUGAAUUGGAGCCUAGAAAUGCUUCCAAUUACAUCAUCCUCUCCAAUAUCUACACAGCAGUGGGCAUGUGGGAUUCGGCCAUGGAUGUGAGACUUGUCAUGAGAUCCCGUGGGUUGAAGCCGCCCGCCACCUGCAGCUGGGUAAAUCUGCGCCACAAAGCUCAUGCCUUUGAAGCAGGGGGGAGGCCGCAUCCUGAGAUUGAGAGGAUUCUGGAGGAGUGGGACAGAUUGGCGCUGGAAAUGGAAAGGUUGGGGUAUUUCCCACAAGAUCCUUGCCUUGUUAAGGAGGAGACGGAUCCCUUCUCCUGCUUCCACACCGAGAAGCUCGCAAUCUGCUAUGGCUUGAUUUCUCUGCCUGCUGGUUGCCCCGUUCGGGUGUCGAAGAAUGUGCGGAUGUGCAUCGACUGCCACACGUCAGCCAAGUUCAUCUCCAGGAUCGGCGGCCGGGAAGUGCUCGUAAGGGACGGCUGCCUCUACCAUCACUUCGCCGGUGGAGUCUGCAGCUGCGGCGACAGUUGGUGA